AUGGCCAAGGCAUUGGCCGGCGCGGGCGCAACCAAGGUAUACAUCCUAGGCCGACGGAAAGAAGUCCUCGAUCAAGCCGCCUCGUCGCACCCCAGCAUGACGCCCAUAGUCUGCGACGUAGUCUCCAAGGACUCCCUCCAGGCCGCCGUCGACACCAUCGCCAAAGAAAGCGGACACGUCAACCUCGUGAUCGCGAACUCGGGCAUCGUGGGCCCCAUGGCGCGCUUCAACCCGGACCUGUCCGUCUCGGAGCUGCGCAGCACCAUGUUCGACGGCACGUCCAUGGACGAGUUCACCAACACGCAGCACGUCAACGUUACGGGCGCCUACUUCACGUUCCUGGCGUUCCUCGAGCUGCUCGACGCGGGCAACAAGAGGGCGCUGAAGGGCCAGGGCGGGUUCGGCGCGCCCGUCCCCGGCGGCAGCGACGACGUGCCCGCCGUCCAGAGCCAAGUCAUCUUCACGAGCAGCAUCUCGGCGUACAGCCGCGCGUGGAUCUCGUCCUCCGCGUACGCCAGCAGCAAGGCGGCCAUUGCACACCUGACCAAGCACGCAGCUACGAACAUGGCGCGCCACGGCAUCCGGGUGAACGCGUUUGCGCCCGGGCUGUUCCCGUCCGAGCUGGCUGCGGGGUUGAUAGCCAGUCGGGAUCCUUCGAAGGAGGGCGCGGAUGAGCUAAGAUUCAUUCCUGCUCGUAGAUUCGGUGGCGAUGAGGAGAUGGCGGGAACGACGCUGUAUCUCGCCAGCAGGGCGGGCGCGUACUGUAACGGGCUCAUUCUAGUCAUGGAUGGGGGCAAGCUAGCGAGCAUGCCAUCUGAGUAUUGA